AUGCCUACCCGACUUUCAAAGACGAGAAAGAGCCGUGGCCAUGUUUCCGCUGGCUACGGUCGAAUUGGAAAACACCGCAAGCAUCCCGGUGGCCGCGGUAUGGCUGGUGGCCAGCACCACCACCGGACUAAUUUAGACAAGUACCAUCCAGGUUACUUUGGAAAGGUCGGCAUGAGAUAUUUCCACAAGACGCAGAAUAAGUUCUGGAAACCUAUCAUAAACCUUGAUAAGCUAUGGUCACUCAUCCCCGUCGCAACCCGUGAUGCCUAUGUGAACAACCAGAAACCAAAUACCGCCCCCGUUCUCGACUUGCUCCCUCUCGGCUACUCCAAGGUCCUUGGCAAAGGCAGACUCCCAGAGAUUCCCGUUGUUGUUCGGGCUCGAUAUUUCAGCAAAGAGGCUGAGCGGAAGAUCAAAGAGGCUGGUGGUGUUGCUGAGCUCGUUGCAUAA